GGUAAUCUCCGUCGCUGUCUGCAGCAUGUCCGGAAAGAAGAACCUACUUCUUUGUCUCGACGCGUUCGGCACACUCUUUCAUCCUUAUAAAACCAUCCCAGAAGCCUACGCACAAGCCGCAGCCCGUCACGGCAUCAACGUAGGCGACACCAAAACCCCCUCUGUGGUAGGUUCAACCUUCAGCUCCGCCUUCAAAAAAGCUUCUCAAGAGAACCCAAACUAUGGAAAGGCCACAGGCAUGGGUGCAAGGACGUGGUGGUCAAACGUCAUAGAAGAUACUUUCAAGCCUUUUCUCAGCGCAGGUCAACCCUUCCCACCUGCCCUUACCGAGGAACUUCUUCGCACGUUCUCCUCAAAUUCAGGAUACAAUCUGUACCCAGACGUUCUUACUUUUUUCAGAGUACUGCGAGCCCACUCGAAGAGAAACAAGCCUUCGGCCAUCUGGCCCUGGAAUAAAACCAUUGUGGGAAUCAUAACAAAUUCCGAUGACCGUGUCCCCGGUAUUUUGAAUUCACUGAAAGUCAAAACAAGCUCCCGUCGUUACGUCCCCGGAGCUCAGAAGAACAAAGAAGAACAACACAGAAACAAAUGGGUCGACGAUGUACAUUUCACUGUGCUAUCCUACGAUGUCGGCUUCGAGAAACCAGAUCGACGUAUCUUCAUUGCUGCCGAAAGGAUGCUAGCUCUCACACUGGAUAGCACAGGGUUCAGCUCGGAUACCCCAGCAUCAUCGUUCGAGAAACUUUAUGUCGGAGACGACCUGAUGAAAGAUGUUUUUGGCGCUGAAGAUGCGGGGUGGUCUAGUGUUUUAGUGAAGCGAGAUCAGUUUCCAUCAACGCUAUCGAAGGAAGAGUUUGAACAAGAGGGAGAAACUGGAGGGAAACGGACUGUGUCGACAGUGGGCAGUUUAAUGGAUCUAUGUGCAUGGAGACCGGGGAAAGACGAGACAUCUCUGGUGCGGUAUGCACUUAGCCAUCACCAGCUUCAGAGUGUGGUGGGAAAACGUGGGAAGAAGAGCGAAAUGAAAGGCAAUCGGAUCGGGAAGACGCGGACGAAGGCGGCAAGAAGGGAAAAAGGCCGAGACAACACAGACACUCACUCAACAACCAACAACAGCUACACAUAGCAAUAAAACAACAAACCUGCAUCGAGCACCCGUUCCGAUGGAGAACAUCUGAAUACUCCAUUACAACAGGCAGCACGGUAAUCGGGUGUAGCAGAAAAUCUCCCGAGGCCUCGAGGAAUCACCGUCUUUUUCUUUCAGAAAUCUGCAUCAGAUAAACAGUGCUUUUCACCUUGUACUUGCAAAUCAAUCAUUCAUGCACACAUACCAUAUAUCGUGCCAUACAUUUCGUUUCAUGUCACUCCACACUACUAGACACACCAGUAAUGCAUCUUGCACCAGCUUAUCCUAAUCCCAAACCAUCAACCACGCUUCUUGCCUUGCCGAAGCUCACACCAAAAGAGAACAUACGAAACAUGAUCAUGUACAGAAUUC